GAUAACUGAGAAAGUACGUAAAACCACGCGCAAUCGACUGGCGACAAAGAGCGAGAGAGAGAGAGAGAGAGAGAGAGAGAGAGAUCUGCUGAAGGAGAAAAGUAAAACGGUUUAACGACGGGGAAGAAAAUAAAAGGAUUGAGAAGAUGAUGUCCGGAGGAUAUACAAGUAUUGAUAACGAGAAGCUCUCUGGAUCUGUUCCGUCGGUUCCAGAUCAGAGCCAAGUUACCAUCAAGUUCUCUGAGUCAAAUCUACAGACAUUUGCUCCAUCUGUUGCUCAGGGAAAGAUUUCUGGUGCUUCUGGUCCACCUCGUGAUGCUGAUGAUACGUUUUCAAAAUCUGGUUCUGGUGCUGGCUCUGGCUCUGAUGAAUCCCAGCCUAGUGGUUGGUUACGGCCAUUCUUAAUUGCCACUUACAAGCCAUACUUUGAUAUUGACACGGCAGAUGUUUUAGACAGGAUUAAGGACUCACUUUUUCCCUUCAGAGAUAACUUUAACGAAAAAACAGCUGCUAACCCUGACUUGUAUGGGCCAUUCUGGAUUUGCACCACCCUUAUUUUCGUAGCAGCUUCUAUCGGCACUUUUGUGACAUACAUAGCACACAAGCUGAAGAAUAAAGAAUGGGAGUAUGACAUCAAUCUAGUGACUUGGACUGCUGGUUUGUUCUACGGCUUUGUCACUAUCGUUCCUCUUGGGCUAUAUGUUAUCCUUAAAUACUUCUCAGCGCCAUCAGGCCUUGUUCCACUGUUUUGUCUUUAUGGAUAUUCACUAUUUGUCUUUAUUCCUGCACUGUGUCUCUCCAUUGUGCCCUUGGAGAUCUUCAGAUGGGUGGUUGCAGGUGUGGCUGGUUUUAUGUCGGCAGCUUUUGUGGCAAUUAACCUCCGAGCUCACAUUAAGUCUGCGGGAGAAAGAUGGUUCUUGAUUGUAGCUGCGAUCUUCCUAUUGCAGUUGGCUCUUUCUGUCGUAUUAAAGAUGUAUUUGUUCACCGUCACAGUAUGAGUAAACCAUUGUUUUAAUAUGGGGACAUGAGCACUCUCAACAUUUCUUCACAUCACAGCAUACAGUCCACUGUCCCUUGGAUACAGAGGCAUGAACGAGCUAUAGAAGAUGGAGAAAGAGUUUCUAGUCCUUCGCUUGCAUCGUCUCAAUCUUUAGCCACAUUGUAUACAUCACCUAAAUCCUCCUGUGUUCAUUCAUAUCCGGAAUAUAAAUUCGAGCACAAGGAUAAUUUUUUCUCCAUUUUAUUCUUGUUGCAAGUCAAUCGAGACUUAACAACGACGUAUGCUUAAAUCGUUGAUACCGUGACAUUUCUAGUGUUCAUUAGUUGAUUGUAAGCUUUCCAUCAAUUAUUCUGCAAUGAUUUUAAUGUUUUCAA